UACCACCUGUGUGCUAUACAUGUCUUAUUUCUGUGGCGUCGCGUGUCUAUAAAUAUGUUACGUAAAUACAACCAUUCACUGCAACACGUCCUACACCCUACACUGCAGUAGGACCUCGAAGUGCGAAAAACGUCAUACGAGCCAUGAAGUUUGUACUCGUUACUGCUCUCCUUGUGGUGGCCGUCGUGGCAGACCAACAUCACGACUACACCAACUCGUCAUUAUUCGUCGACUAUCUGAACGAGAUACGGGAUAGUGACGACUUCAAGAGGUUGCCUGGUGAUUCACAGACUCUCUUCAACAGCCUGGUGUCGGCGGCCGUGCAAGGAACGACCGAACUGACUGCUCUAAUAGAUCAAAUCGGAUUUGUCAAGCUUCUCGAACUCUUUGACCUUCUGGAUGAAGAUGACAUUCCUCACUUAGAGGGGUACUUGUCCGCGCACUUGAGGCCUGGGUUCGUAGAUGCUGUGUCCCCAACAUCUGACAUACUCACGACACCAGGCAUUCUCUCGACACCUGGGGCCAUAUCUAAGAAACGUCAAAGUCAGCAAGACUUGUUCAGCUUUAUGAAGGAUCUACACAUCAUCAACUUGAUUUUGGAAGACCUCAAUGACAUCGACAAGCAGAUAUUUAUCGAGAUGAUGUUCGCCGCGCAGCACGAUCAACUCACCCAAUACAUCGCCUCAAAGGGAUACAGUGCAGUCUUGCUGUUAAUGUCCAAUGUCGAUGCUGAUCAGGCUAAAGAGUUCAACCAUCUGGUGGAGGAGCACCUCAAGAAGGAAGCGGCUAUGGCGGCUAUGGUGGGCACACUGGUUGGCUGAUUGUCUGAUUGUUAUUGAUACGCCUUGGGAAUGAAACAGAAUAAAAUUUAAUCAACACUUUA